AGAUCAGUGAGGGGAGGGAAACCAAACCAAAACACCCCAAAACUCUGGCAGAUGAAGAUUAGAACUGCAGGAGAAAGAAUAGGAGGAUUCUGUGAUACACAGGGACAGUGUCACUGAGGAAGCUGAGCAAGUGUAUGGGACAGUAACAACUUGGUAAAGCUGCUUCUCAGUUUGUUGUUGGCUCCAGAAGAUAACAGACCCUGGCAAUAGGAGAAAAGCUGAGUAACGGGCGCUGUCUUUAAGAAAUAUUAAAUCAACCAGCGUAGCAGACUGUUGACCAUAAGGAUGUAAGUGGGGGACAAAGCACCGAAAUGCUGCUGCUGGGAAAGAUGCAGCAAAGCAAAGGUGAGCAGAGAAAGCUGAACUGUUGUCAGCUUUGUGUGGAUGAGACAGUUGAUAAAAUAACUGAGCUGACCAAUACCACAACAAGAACAAAGCAAGGAUGCAAAAGUGACUGUAAUAAUUAGGGAGUUUACAGACAUAUUGGCAAGAGGUCAAGUCUUGUGUUACAGCAUGUUAACCAGAACAAGGGGAGUGUAGAGGCAAAGCUGAAGAAAUACAAACUGAAUUUUGACCCAUGAAAUCACGUGCUGACCAGACCUUUGCUGCAAGGAUAGUUGCUGAAGAGAGCACUGAAUGACACAAGCUGCUCAUUACUGAGCUGAAGUUUUAAGAAAGCCUUCUCUGUCUUCUAAUUCGCUCUGGAGCAUCUUGAUGUCAUGGCACGAAAUGAUGAAUAGCAUCAGUGCAGAAGGCACAGCUACGCCUACAGAGCUGUUUCCCCUGCUAUGAUGCCAGGGCAGAUCCCUGACCCGUCCCUGACGGCUGGUGCGCUGCCUGGGCUCGGCCCCUUGACAGGACUGCCUGGCACAGCCCUGACUGCUGAGGAGCUGAAGUGCGCUGACAUCCGCAACAUCGGGGCCAUGAUCUCACCACUCCACUUCCUGGAGGUGAAGCUUGGAAAGAGACCCCAGCCUGUGAAAAGUGAGCUGGAUGAGGAAGAGGAGAGGAGGAAAAGGCGCCGGGAGAAAAACAAAGUAGCAGCAGCACGAUGUCGUAACAAGAAGAAGGAGAGGACGGAGUUCCUGCAGCGGGAGUCUGAGCGUCUGGAGCUCAUGAAUGCUGAGCUGAAGGCACAGAUAGAAGAGCUGAAACAGGAAAGGCAGCAGCUGAUCCUGAUGCUGAACCGGCACCGUCCCACCUGCAUCGUGCGGACAGACAGCAUCAAGACGCCUGAUAGCGAAGCCAACCCACUGCUGGAGCAGCUAGAGAAGAAGUGAAGGUGGCACUGGGCCAGGAGGAGGAGACAGUGGCGCAGGGUAUUCCAGGGUUUCUAAUGUAUGUACUGUAUGAAGAACUGUGCACCCAGGCCUGGUGCAGCCAGUGCCCAGUGGGCUUCCUUGGGAACUAUGGACCAAACAAAUACGGGGACAGAGAAGAUCAGGAACCUUCAACUAUGUACUGUUGAGGCUGAACCAAGGAGCAGGGCUAGUGGCGCCGGUGAGGGCAACCUCCCUGUGAUACCUCAUCAUGGCCCUUCAGCCUGCUCACGGCCCUCGGGGCCCACAAUGCCGCAGCACGUCCAGCGACGACCACAUGCCCCAUGGGGAGAGGGCUGCGUGGUUCCCACCAGCUCUCUGCCCAGCGGCUGCUGCUGCUCCUGGCACAUGCUCCGGAGGGAAUCCCGCACCCAAGAACCACAAACACUUGAUGCAGCCCCAUGUGGUGGGCAGGCCUGUCGGGGCUCGGUGGCGCAGGCGCCCCCCGCAAGCACACUCAGUAUAAUGUUUACAGCCCAGCUGUCCAUGUCGGCCGUGCUUUUGAAUGCACAUUUUUACACUUUUUUAAAGUAUUUUUUACAAAGUUUUUAUACAGCGAUCUCUAUAUGGAUUUAUAUAAUCACUAGAUGUGAUCCCAUAGAAAUGUAUGUUACGAUGGUCCGUUUGUUACAAAUGCAUAUGCCACAGUUAUCUCCAUUGUGUUACUUGUCUGGUAGCAUCUGGUUUCUUUCCCAGCAUGCUGGGAAGGAGCUCCAAGCUGCCCUCUGCAGUGGUGUCGCUACCCUCUCCAUCCAUGUAUGUCCUUCAUAAUAUUCAGUUCUGUAUCUCUCAGUAAAUGUUACCUUUAUGUA